AUGAUGUGACUCAUGUGUGUGUCAGUAGGUUUAAAUGUGACAGUGUGCUGAAUCCUUCACUCAGUGAGUUCAUGAUGAAGCUCUUUCUGCUCCUCGCUCUCCUCACAGGCAGUGAAGGCAGCUCUGAAGUUGUGGGUCUCCUCGGCGGAGGCGUCACGCUGCCGUGUACGUACGACAUCGGUCGCUACGGACGGCUGUCGGUGUGCUGGGGUCGAGGGUCGAUACCGGCCUCGGGCUGCAGAGACCAGCUCGUCUCCACCAACGGACUCGAGGCGACCGGAGCGUCCGACAGGCACCGGCUGCUCGGGCGACUGGAGGACGGAGACGUCUCCAUGACGAUCCUGAACGUCUCACGGGCGGACGCCGGGCGAUACGGGUGCAGAGUGGACAUCCCCGGCUGGUUCAACGAUGACAAGCAUCACUUCGAUGUGGUCGUUGAGGAAGCUUCAGAGACAACGACUUCGAUGACGUCAACAGGAGAGUCGACUACGAACCAAGGCACUCCAGCUACAACACAAAGUACAAGAGGUCAUGUUCCUUCAACCCUGCGCCGCCCAACUUCCUCCUCCAGCAGCAUCGCGGCCGAGCUCUCAGGAGGACCCGGCCCGGAAAAACCUCUCGGCCGCUGGUCUUCUCCUCGGUGGAGUUCAGGUCUUCGUCCAGAGAGCCUGCGGUGGAGAACGUCUACCAGAUGGAGGCUGACGAGGGCGAGUACGAGUUCUGCCCCUGAGCCCACCAACCCCCCCCCCCCCCCCCCCGAUCCAACGACCCUCGGAGCAGGAACUCCAUCCAGCAUCACCCUGGAGCUUCUACCCAUGAUGCAGCAUGAACUGGUGAUUGAAGUUCUGCAUCGAGGCCGAGGUGUGACGUUCAGCAUGGCCUCCACAGUCCUUCUCCUUUACCAGCACCUUCGUGUGCUGCUUCCACUGCGGCCUCAUGCCUCAUGUUCUCUGGUCUGGAAUUUAUCGAGAUGCUUCUCGAGCAACUUUUUUAACGAUGGCAGUGUUAUCUUAAGUAGUAUUAUUACCACAAAAUGGGUUUGAAAGUGUAUGAUAUCUAUAAUAUAAAUGAUAUCUCAAUACUUAGUGAACAUAUGACAAAUGUAGUAAAAAAAGCUUUCAUAUAAUUACUUACAGUACCUGACAUUUGCAACUCAUUUCAGAUUAAACUUCGGAUAUAUAUAUAAAAUAUAUAUAAAUAUAUAUUUUAUAUAUAUAUCCUGUUUACUGCUCUGCAUUUCAAAAUGAAAUGUACCAUAUACACAUUUUUGCCACCCCGACAUGAGAAGAUGCAAAUUACCAGACUAAAAGAAUAUGUAUCUUUUUAUUGUAUUGAAGCUGGAUAGGCUUUGGUAAAUUAAAUGAUAUAGUAUGUCAUGAAUUUAUACAAUUAGUUUAAAAGGAAAAAAAUGAUUUGGACAGUAAAAUAUGCAUAUAUAUGCAUAUUUUACUGUCCAAAUCAUUUUUGUGUGUUUGUGUGUGUGUGUGUGUACAUGAGUAGAUGAUUUAUCUAUAAAAUGUGGCAGAAAUGUGAAUAAAACAAACUACAGUUCCU